AGAAGAGCUUGAUUCUUUACUCCAGCUCCAGCUUUCAUUGUUGUCAGUAAAAAAAGGAACAGACAAACAAAACAAAAAGCAGAACAAACAGAGUCAAAUGUGUGGGUUUUCAGGCUAUCAGCCAUAGCACAGGCUCCUUCACUCUCAGCUCCUUUCUUUAACUCUGGGAAAUCACAAUAUCUUUGCCCUGCAUUUUGGCCACUGAUGGGUGAGAGCCCCAUGAUAUCAUUGUGUUCAAUUUGUUGUUGAUUUCUUUUGGCAUCUUUACCUGGAACUAUACCUACACUGCUCCUCAGUGUAACUUUAUGCUGGAGAUAGGUAUUAACUGAGUUUUUCCGGUAUCAUUGAUGAUGAAACCAAAGAACGGCAGUCACUCGAUUAAGCCUCUUCGGUCUCGGAAUCCAGCCGCUAACUUUUGCAUGUUUCCGAAAGUAAAGUCCGCGGGCUGCAGUUCGUGUGAAGCUCCGGUUUACCUAAAUGUCUAUGACUUGACAAAUGCUAAUGGCUAUGUUUAUUGGGCAGGUCUUGGUAUAUUUCACUCUGGAGUGGAAGUUCAUGGUGUAGAGUAUGCCUUUGGAGCUCAUGACUACCCAACAAGCGGUGUCUUUGAGGUCGAACCUCGACGGUGCCCUGGCUUCAAGUUUAGGAAAUCAAUUUUCAUGGGGAUUACAUGCUUGGACCCUGCCCAGCUAAGAGAGUUCAUAGAACGGCAAUCUGGGAGUUACAAUGGUGAUACAUACCACUUGAUUUUUAAGAACUGCAACCAUUUCUGCGAGGAUAUAUGUUACAAGUUAACCGGGAACCGGAUGCCAAAAUGGGUCAAUCGACUUGCAAGAAUUGGUUCAUUAUGUAACUGCAUACUUCCGGAGGCACUCAAAGCUACUGCGGUCCGCCAUGAUCCCAACUUCCAAGCUGAUAAUGAAAAGAAGAGGCUGAGAAGUGCGUUCAGUUGCCUAUCGUCGAUCUCAAUACCUCAGAGGGAAGUAUCAAUGUCUUCACUCUUUUUGCACUCUCACUAUAAAGGCUGUUUACCGCCAUGGGAACUGAAGCGAUCGAAAAGCUGCACGUUGAAGCAACUGUAAGACAGGCUUAUAACUUCAUUAUCUCUUUUCCACGGUGAAAACGUAAUGUUGUUUGUCCCCUUCAUGGUGUUGAAGCACCGGAUCAUCCAAGUCGCUUGAAGGGGCAAAAUCUUUACAAGUUUGCUCUUUUCCUUCCCUGCAUUCUUAACUACGCUUGUGGAGUAGCUUGUUGUUGAUGUUAAUGUAUUUAUUAUGUCUGAUUGAUUCUGGUGUUGCAGAUGUUGCCCAUGCAAAGUCUGUACGGAAACAACUGAGCCACCGGACUUUUUCCGGUUAAUUGUUUAGAAGGCAUUGAGCUAUUUUCAUAA